CACUACAAUUUUAAAGCAGUCAUACGAAUGCUGUAAUCAUGACCGGAAAGAAACCGGAAAAGACCGGCCAUUGCAGUUGCAACACGGACCAGCAAUAUGUAAAUCCUUCGUUUGAACAAGACACCAAUAUCGGACCAUCGUACAGCUCCCGAAGAUACAGCGACAAUCAGGGCCAAUCCGGGGAAGGUACAAGUGGCAGUUCGUGUCAUGCUGCCACAGAUAAUGGCAGUUGUGCCAUUCACAGCAAUAUAAGUUCACAUCGCAAGGGUCACAGACGACAGGAGUCAAUGUACCAAAUGACCGGCCUCUAUUCGGAAACGAACAGUGGCGAUGACAGCAGCAUUGAUUUAGCCGAAGAUAGUACAUUAGCCAGUGGUCCAUCAAAUCUCAUUGGCAGUACUGCAACUACGACAAUGUCAACCGUAAUUACAAAUAAUGCCCGAAAUCUCCACGCCAAAACAUCAUCCUGCUCAGAUUCGGUAAUAAAGUGUCACAGCCGUCAAUCGUCGGCUGUCCUAGGAAAUACCCUGCAUAGUCAUAAUAAUUUACAUGGAAAUCAAAAUGCCUAUGCUGUGGCAGGUAAUAAUGCAACAUGUGGCCUUAAUGACGAUGAUGACGAUUUGCGUUCCCAAGACUGUGGCAUAAUGGCGUGCCGUCCCAGAGGCGUACAGAAAUUCGCACGCAUAAAGAUAUUCGUACUCCUAUUGUCGAUGUUGGUCACACUGCAGCAGGCACUGAGUUCGGGCUAUAUCAAUUCGGUGAUAACAACCAUCGAGAAGCGUUUUGAAAUACCGUCCAGUUAUUCCGGCUUAAUAGCGUCCAGUUAUGAAAUUGGCAAUGUGAUUACAGUUAUAUUUGUAAGCUAUUUAGGAAGCAGGCGUCACAUACCAGUAUGGAUUGGCAUUGGAGCGGUCAUCAUGGGAAUUGGCUCUUUGGUGUUUAUGGUUCCACAUUUCACCGGGGAACCCAACCCUGGUGUUAGUAUAGCGAAUGAAACAACGGACAACAUAUGUCGCAGUGCAUUAGUGCGCAACCAAGACAUGGACCUGGGAAGAUUGUCCAGUGGUCUAUCUAAUCCGCCCCUGGCACCACACACACUGCGAGAGGACAACUGUCUGGAGGGUAAAUUGUCUACCUUUGGUCCUGUACUACUAUUCGUUAUCGCUCAACUGCUACUGGGCUGUGGUGGCAGUCCUUUGUUUACCUUGGGCACAACGUAUGUUGAUGAUCAUGUGAAAACCGAAAGUUCAUCCAUGUAUAUUGGUUGUAUGUACAGUAUGGCUGCAUUUGGGCCGGUUGUUGGUUUCCUGUUGGGUGCCUAUUUGCUGUCCUUCCACAUGGAUUCGUUAUCCUCUUCAAUAAUUUCGAUUGAUCCGGGUGAUCGUCGAUGGGUAGGAAUGUGGUGGGGAGGAUUUCUAUUGUGCGGAGUUUUGCUACUUAUUGUUGCAGUACCGUUUUUCUCAUUUCCAAAGGUUCUCACACAUGAAAAGAAGAAAAUUCGCAAAACAUCUGUUGUUGUGCAACCGGCAAUACCGAAUAACUCAAACAGUUUACCCCGAGCCACUGAUGAAAUUGGUAGAGUCAAAAAAGAGAUAGUAUCGGUGGCUCCCAAGGAUGAACCAGAAAAGCCAAAAGUUGAUACCGGUUAUGGAAAAGACAUUAAAGAUAUACCACAGUCCAUGCUACGUUUAGUCACCAAUCCCGUUUAUAUUGUCACAUGCCUUGGAGCCUGCAUGGAAUUGAUGAUCGUUUCGGGUUUCGUGGUAUUUCUGCCCAAAUAUUUGGAGACCCAAUUUAGUGUCGGCAAAAGUCAGGCAAGUGUUUUUACUGGGUCCAUUGCCAUACCAGGAGCUUGCAUCGGCAUCUUUAUUGGCGGAUGUGUACUUAAGCGAUUCCAGUUGAAGCCAAAAGGCGCUGUAACAUUUGUUUUAAUUUCCAAUAUCAUCUGUCUGGGAUGUUAUGCAUUGUUAUUCUUCUUGGGCUGCGACAAUCUCAAGAUGGCCGGCACCACUAUGCCUUACUACAAUAAUUCCAAACAUGGAGCUUUGGAACCAUUCCAAGUAAAUUUAACAGCUGCCUGCAAUUUCGGUUGUGAAUGUUUAACCAGUGAUGUUGAACCAGUGUGUGGCAAUAAUGGUUUAACAUAUUUUAGUCCUUGCCAUGCGGGAUGUACUGCCUUUUCCUCCAGCUCCAAUUACACAAAUUGUGCAUGUGUUCAUGCCAACAUUUCCAGCAGCAUUUAUAUGGGAGCCGGAGGCAGUCAGGCCCAGGCUUUGAAUGCCAACGAAAACUUUGCUGAAGUUACUGUAGUUCCUGUUGCUACUGCCGGUCCUUGUGCCAAUCCAUGCCGCAACAUUUAUCCGUUCCUUAUACUACUCUUCUUUAUGACAUUUAUAGUGGCAGCCACUCAAAUGCCCCUUCUUAUGAUUGUUCUCCGAUCAGUAUCCGAAGAAGAGCGAUCAUUUGCCCUUGGCAUGCAGUUCGUUAUAUUCCGUUUGUUUGGAUAUAUUCCGGCACCAAUUCUGUUUGGUAAUCUCAUUGAUUCUACUUGUCUUUUAUGGAAAUCUUCGUGUGGCGAGAAAGGAGGGCGUU